AAUGCAUAUUAACUUCGUUUUAUUUCAUAAAGACUACUUUUAAAAAAAUCUUGAUGGUGAAUUUGAAAUAUUGUUCGUUAACAAUUAUUUUUUUGAGUUAUUUUAAAUCAAAUUCCUCAAAAUGUAUGAAUGAACCGUACGGUCUUCACUGUGCAAAUCUGAUAAACAGUUCGGAAUUAACGACGUUCGGGCAAAAAAACGAGACACUUACUAACAUCACCACCUCAGUGUUUUUGAGAAACAUAUCAAGCAAUAUUGACAAUAAGGUAUUUACAAAUUUUCCAAUAUUGCAGCAUAUAGAUAUUCAGUUAUCAAGGAUUAAAUUAUUUUCGCCAAAUUUGACAAGUUUACAUUUUUUGUAUAUAAUAAAAAAUGUGGAAUUUCCAAAUAUCGACGAGGAAUUUUUUGAAAAAUGUUGCCGAAAUUUGACAACGCUCAUCAUAAACGAUAACAGAAAUUUAACGGUCGUAAAGGGAGCUUUCAAGAGUGUACCAAAUUUAGAACAUCUAACAAUUACCAAUCAAAACAUCAAAUGUUUAACGAAAGCUUACUUGGAAGGCAUAAAUAAAAUUACUUACCUAAAUUUGGCAGGAAACAAUUUGACGGAAAUAAGCCCGGACAGUUUUGAAGAUUUACAAAACAUGAAUCACUUAAUUUUGAGCAACAACAAAAUUUCUAAUUUCCAAGAAAACACCUUCAAGAACCUCUACAAUCUACAAAAUCUUGAACUAUUGAAUUUAGAUGUUUCUUCACCGGAUAAAAAUGUUUUUAAAAAUCAAAAAGAACUAAGACUUAUUGGAAUACCAACGAAAUGGAUAAAUGAAGGCGUGUCGAUAAACAACUUGACUCGAAUUUUUUCUAAUUUAGAAAAUAUUGGUAUUCGAACUGCAGAUAAGAACCAAAAAGAUGUAGAGAAGUUCAUAGAAUCUUGUAAAUAUACAGGAUUCACGAUUAAUUUCUUAGAGGAAGUUUUUUAACAUACUUUCAAACAAAUAGUGCUAUUUAUUAAGAAUCUUGAAAAAAAUAAGAAAUUGUUUAAAUAUACAAUUACACAGUAAAAUAUCUGACAAUUCUUUGCAAACAAAUAGUGCUAUUUAUUAAGAAUCUUGAAAAAAAUAAGAAAUUGUUUAAAUAUAUAAUUACACAGAAAAAUAUCUGACAAUUCUUUGCAAACUUCAAACUUUUGAGGUCAUUUUCAAAUAGAUAUAUGGAAAACCUUAACCGUCACACUCAAUAUUGUGCUUUUUCUUUAAAUCAAAUGAUGAUCUUAGUACGCUGUUUACCAAUAUAUUAAAUAGUCUACCAGUC